AAUGCAACUGCACCUCUAAUUUCUUAACUUCGAAGACUCCGCAAUCUACACAUGGAGCCCUCUACGCUCGAUGUCACCCCGUCUUCUAACUCGGUUCCUGCUCCCUCCUCUUCUCGCAAGAGGAAGCGCGAGGUUGAGAAAGUAGUUCUUGGGGAUUCUUUCGUUAUAGGGCCAUACUCUUCGUCUGUAUUUGAUUCCUCUCUGAAGCUCACUCCGGCCGUUGCUCUACCGCGCUCUUUUGUUCCAUUGCAAUGGCUUGCCGGAACUCCCUCGCGUCUUUUCUCCUUUACGAGUAAUCUGCCGGUGCUAGGGGUUCCCGGGAAUAUACUGGUAGCUAAGGUUGACGGAGAGAGACAGUUGGCUGCCGUGGAGAAGGUUCAGGAUGGAGUAUACGCUAUUUUUAAGCUGUCAACGCAACUGAAGAUGAGGGAUGUGAGGAAAACAGUGGCAUUGGCUAGAAAGGCCCCACAUGAGCCUCCGAACUUGGAGUUUGAUGGGGUUGGGGGCGGGCGAUUGGGUAGUGAAUGGUGGUCUCACUUGAGGAUUAGCGAUUGUACGGUGAAAGACUUACUAUCAUCACCGGAUCCUGUUGGCACUUUGACUAUGGGUUCCCCUGACACCGAACCUCUUCGGGGUGAUCAGGCAGCACUACAAGCCCCAACUAGGGUGCCGGUUCCCCCCUCACCGGGUGUUGAAGCUUUAACGGAAGAGUCUGCGCCGCCGACGCUAUCUGAUAUUCUUGAGAACACGAGGAAACAGUAUUUCAAGACACUUUAUAUUGCUAAAACGUCACUUGCGUACUUUGCGAAAUCAACUCUGUCUCGCGCUCGAGUUGCUAUGCGUGCUGACGCUUCGGAACUUCCUGCGGGACCUGGUGGAGAAUUGAUCAUUUUCUUACAGAGCAUGCUUCUUCCUUUUGAGAAAAUGGACAUCAAGUUCCGCAGUAUAAUCCCCAAAAUAGCUCUAGAAGAGAAGGUUCAGGAGAAUGAAGUGCUACGUGCCGGCGAGGAAGAGUAUGUGCAAGAGUGGAGAAGUGCCUCGUUUCAGGAUAAAUUGGUGCGGGCUAGUGACCAAUGGUUGAAGCGGAGAGUCGAAGAGCUCAAAAUUCGCGAGUAUGCAUACGCGCGUGUCCGAUCAUUAUUUUUUGUCUGCUGA